AUGUUUGAACAGAAAAAUAUGAAAGAGGCUCGAAGUGGUAAAAUAAAAAUUGUUGAUUCUUCCCCAGAAUGUUUUAAAGCAAUGCUGGAAUAUUUUUAUAGUGGAGAAAUUGAUAAAAAAACAAUUGAAAAACUUUCCGAAGAUUUAUUUUCUGUUGCACAUAAAUACGAAGUAAAACAAUUAAUGGAAAUUUGUGAAAAUUAUAUGGCUGCUAAUAUUGAUGCUGCAAACUUUAGCAAACGUUGCAGUUAUGCUGAACUUUAUCGUCUUCCAAAACUUGAAAAGGCUUGUUUCAAUUAUUUUUCUUCAAAAAGAGGAACAUUUAUCCUCAGCAAAGAAUGGAAUAAUUUUAAAACUAACAAUAAAGAUUUUGCUUUUCGUUUAUUAGAAGAUAAACAAAUUUUUGGUUAA